AUGGCUAAAUCCUCAACGUCAUUUGUCUUUGUUUGCUUCAUUUUAUUGAUUCUGGGGAAAUCUGAAGCUCAAUUAGCACCAGCAUUGUAUGUGUUUGGAGACUCAACGGUUGAUGCGGGAAAUAACAAUGAUAUCAACACAUAUGCAAAAUCAAAUUAUGCUCCUUAUGGUGUAGAUUUUCCUUGUGGAGUCACAGGCAGGCCUACAAAUGGUCGUAACGCUGCUGAUUUCAUUGCUCAAUUAGCACCAGCUUUGUAUGUGUUUGGAGGCUCAACGGUUGAUGCAGGAAAUAACAAUGAUAUCAACACAUAUGCAAAAUCAAAUUAUGGUCCUUAUGGUGUAGAUUUUCCUUGUGGAGUCACAGGCAGGCCCACAAAUGGUUAUACCAUGGCUGAUUUCAUUGCUGAAUCACUUGGAUUAAAACUUCCACCUGCCUUCAGACUUGUCGAUACUCAGACGUACAACGAUUGUCAAGGUUUUAACUACGCAUCUUCCUCGGCUGGAAUUCUUCCAGAAUCAGGCUUUGAUUUGUAUGCAUUGGGGGCCAGAAAAUUUGUGGUGUUCAAUAUUGAAGCAAUGGGUUGUUUGCCCUCGUUUGUGAGUCAGCUUAAACCACAGAAUUCAAAGUGCGUGGAUAGCUUAAACUCAAUGGUGCUUAAAUUCAAUGAGAAGCUCCCAUUGAAGCUUCAAGGAUUAGCCUCUUCCCUUCCAGGCUCGAACUUCGUUGUUGGGAAUAAUUAUGAGCAUAUUCUAAAUUUGGUGGAGAAUCCUAACUACUAUGGGAUACAAGUAGCAUCGGUUCCAUGUUGUGCGCUUACACCCUUUGGGACAUGCGAUGGCAAGAGACCACCUUGUGAAGACAGAAAAUCUCAUGUCUUCUUUGAUGCUUUUCAUCCUACUGAAGCCGCUUACAAGAUUCUCGCUCAAAAUUGCUUCGGUGACUCCGGUGCAUGCAUUCCAAUGAAUAUUCGACAACUGGCAUCGAUAUAA